AUGGAUCAGGCUAGAUCUAGAACAGAUGGUGGUGGUGGUGGUGACGAUGCCUCAUCUGAAGACCAUAAUCACCACGAAAAUGAAAGAAGGUGGCAGCAAGAGCGUCUCCACCGAGAAGAAGCCUAUUAUCAAUUUAUCAAUGAACUCAGUGAUGAAGAUUACCGGCUAAUGAGAGACCAUAAUCUUUUAGGCACCCCUGGAGAAGUAACAUCAGAAGAACUACAGCAGCGGUUAGAUGGAGUCAAGGAACAGCUAGCAUCCCAGCCUGACUUGAGAAACAGGGAAAGUGGGACAAAUCCCAGAGACUCAGAAGUGCCUCGAGAAAGCUCAAAUGAAGAUUCUCUGUUAGAAUGGUUGAACACCUUUCGCCGUACCGGAAAUGCAACUCGAAGUGGACAGAAUGGAAACCAGAGUUGGAGAGCUGUGAGUCGUACAAACCCAAACAGUGGAGAGUUUCGAUUUAGUCUGGAAAUCCACAUAAAUCACGAGAAUAGAGGAUUUGAAAUUUAUGGAGAAGAUGCUACGGGCAGCAUUCCACUCUCAGAUGUUAGUAGAGAUCCUGAUAGAAAUAGACAUCAGAGAUCAAGCAGUCCUGUGGCUAGGCGAACAAGAAGCCAGACUUCAGUGAGUCUCAGUGGUAAUAAUUCCAACAUGCCAAGGUCUAGGCUUGGUUCAAGGGGGCAGAAUUCAGCAGAAGUAUCUUCCUCAACGUUGGGAGGAUUAAGAAGUGGGGUUGGGGAACCAGUUGGCAUUCCCAGGACUCAUACUCCCCAUGCCAAUUUCAGUGAUCACACAGACCAACCAGGGGCUCAUGAACUCAGACAAAGGGAGGGGCAGCGAUUUGGAGCAGCACAUGUUUGGGAAAACGAGGCUAGAACUAAUGUCACAGUGAGGAAUACAAACCAAAGAUUAGAGCCAAUAAGAUUACGGUCUUCCUUCAGUAGUAGAAGCCGUUCACCGAUCCAGAGACAGAGUGACACUGCUCAUCGUAGUUCACAAAGGGAAAGCAGGCCUUCACAGCACACCACCAGAAGGUCUGGUAGGAGGAGAGGAGGAACUCGUGAGCGUAAUAGGGACCCCAGAGGUUCUCCAUACACCCCAUUCUCUAAUUCAAGACUUGUGUCAAGAAUAACCGUGGAAGAAGGAGAAGAACCUACCAGGUCCUCCUCUGCUGUGCGACGACAUCCAACCAUCACCCUGGACCUUCAAGUCAGAAGGAUGCGCCCGGGAGAAAACAGAGAUCGGGACAGUAUUGCAAAUAGAACCCGAUCCAGAGCAGGACUAGCAGAAAAUACAGUCACUCUUGAAAACAAUGGUGGGGGCUUUCGCCGAACCAUUUCCCGUUUAGAGCGGUCAGGUAUUCGAACCUAUGUUAGUACCAUAACAGUUCCUCUCCGUAGAGUUUCUGAGAAUGAGCUUGCUGAGCCCUCCUCAGUGGCUCUGCGGUCAAUUUUAAGGCAGAUCAUGACUGGAUUUGGAGAACUGAGUUCUCUAAUGGAGGCUGAAUCCGAGUCUGAGAUUGAGAGCAGUGGUGAGCAUUUACCAGAGAUGCCCUCGGACCUGAGGGGCUUAGGCACAGUCACCGGUAGCAGCCAGCACAGCGACUGGCAGGCCCAAGAAGACAGCACUGGAAUGCAUGGUGACAGUGACACCAGCCAGCCUCAUGCCCAGCGAGGUGACGGUAGAGGUGACAGGCAGCCAAGGAGUGCAGACAGCGUAGUGGAAACUGGAGCACUACCUAUCCUUCGCCUUGCUCACUUCUUUUUACUCAGUGAGGGGGAUGGUGACGAUCGUAUACGGGGUUUAACCAAAGAGCAAAUUGACAAUCUUUCCACCCGGAACUAUGAGCAUAAUGGUACUGACAGUGAGCUAAGUAAAGGCUGUAGUGUGUGUAUCAGUGACUACGUGACUGGAAACAAACUCAGGCAGCUCCCUUGCAUGCAUGAAUUCCACAUCCAUUGUAUCGAUCGCUGGCUCUCGGAGAACUGCACGUGUCCGAUUUGCCGGCAGCCUGUGCUAGGGUCCGGCGCGGCCAACAGUGGAUGA